UUUGGACUGUAAUAAGAGACACAAAUAGACAAUGAGUCCAACGUCAAGUGAUGACAUUAUUGUUUGGUCCGUGACAGAGGACCCAUCCUCAUAAAUAUGCAGCUGCAGAUGUCAGAAGACUCUCUCUCUCUCCAUGUUCUUUGUGGUGUCUUAUUUGUAAUGUAAUGUAAAAUACUAAAAACAAUUCUUGUGUUUUAAAGCACUACAAUUCCGGGGCAAUCCAUAGGCCAUUUAGCCCAAAUAUGCAGAGAGUUAUAACCUACUGGCUCUUUUCCUUUUUUCUGCUUUGACAACCCUUGUGCAAGCAAGAAGAUGGAACCACAAAACCCACCUCCCAAGAUUGCUCGCCUUGCAGACAAUGUUCCCAUUAAUCACAUAUUGGCCAUUCUUACAAACUGUUUAGCCACUAGCCGGACAAGUUGUAGAGAAGUGUCACCCCCAACUGGACUCGGGCUCGGCCUCGAGCUUGGUCAUCAUCGGUCAAGUAACCGACAUGGCUGCUCAAAAUCAUCUGGUUUUACCUUCCUCCAGUUGCAAGAGUUAGAGCAACAAGCUCUAAUCUACAACUAUAUUGAAGCUGGACUUGCUGUGCCUCGUCAUCUGGUUCUUCCCAUAUGGAAGAGUUUUGCUGGCUAUUUGAGUAGUGUGAAUGGUGCUUGUCUGCAACAGCAAUAUUUCGCUAAUUAUAACCUCGGCCCAACCAAGAUUACCUCGGCAGCGUGACCAAGCCACGUGGCACCUCCACUGACACUUCGGCAUCACCUUAGUCACGUGUUGUCUUUCACAAAAUACUUCCCCACAGGUACAAAAUUUUCAUUAUGACUUAUGAUUAUAGCCUUCUCUCUUUCUACACUCUCUUGUCACAUAAAAUAACUGAUCUGGUAUUUUUCAAUUUCACUUUUUGAGUAUGUUUUAAAUGUUUGAGAGCAAAUCUUAUAUAUGUCCAUGCUUUUCACUAAUUCAUUAACAAAAAUUGAGACAACUAGAGGGCAAGCAUGACUUAGUGUUGUUAAUCAAGGUGUUUGCUGAAGGUAAGACCAAAGACAAACUAAACAUUUUUGGCAUUAUUUGCAUAACCUAAUUGUGGUUGUUGUUAGAGACAUGUCUCAUAUUAUUUCUCUAAGACAACUAAAUUUGAUUAAUAUAAUAUAAGAGUCUCUUCAUUUAUAGUUAGAUUUUGGGUUGAUAUCUCUAAAAUUCUAACAUAAUAUUAGAGUUGGUAUUUAUUGUAUAAUGUCAAAUCUCCAUUCUCAAUUUAUUUUAUUUAUCUCUCUAUCACGUCCACAUUUGACCAAAUUACAUGUGUGAAGAAGUGUGAGAGACUUGUCAUAUAUGGUCUCGCUAAGUUACAUAAGAUCUAAGUCUUUUUCUCAUCUCUCCUUGUUAUCAAUAAAUUAGUAAAAUUAUUUUAAAAAACCUAAUAAAGUCACUCACGCAACUUUUUUCUACAAAUUUUUAUAUGAUUUGGUGAUUAAUUACAUAGUCAAUAUUCAUCUUUACAAAAAUGAUUUGGAACUCUAGUAAAGGAGCUCUAAUGAGAUCUAAUAGGAGUGAGCCCUAUUGUGAUGUAAUGUUUUGGUCUUGUAUUUUUUUUUUUUAUUGCCUGCCACAUCAUUAGAGCUCCAAAAUUAGAGGGAUGUAUCAUUACUCAUUACAAUAUACUUGAUUGUGGACCACCAAAUAACUCCUUCCAUCUCAUAGGAAUAAUUGACUUGUACUUUAUUGGAUAGUGGUGCUACAUCUCUCUAAUUUUGCCUCCAAGUCUCAAAAAGUGGGUAAACAAUACAUAUAUUUUGAUUGGUUGAGAAUAGUUGGACUUUCAAAUGGAGUCAUUAAACUUUUUGAGUACGAGGUCCACAUAUUUAGAUCUAUUAUAUUUUGUGUAUUGUUCCCAUAUUAAAAAAAUGUGUUAGCAAAUUCAUUUUCUAUCUUGAGAAUUGAAAAAAAGAAAAAGGAAAAAAGUCAUCUACCAUUAUUAUGACCAAAUUAACCUUGUCUCACUCUAUUUUAAAAUUUAAUGGUGUUUCUAAAACGCCGCCAUAUGUUCAUAAAAUGCAACAAAAACCUUUUGAUGACAAUUUCGUCAAGCGGUUUGCCCACCAAGUCUCAAGCAAAUGGCCUUUUGGAGAAGUGGGUUAAAAGCUAUUUCCCAAUUUUUAAUUAAUUUUGGGUCACAUCAUCGGUCACAUCAUCUUUCACAUUUUUUACACAGUUUUUCAAAAAAAGUCAACAAGUUAACUUUUUUCAAAAUAUCGUUUCCAAAAUGCCGAGUUAUAGAAUGACAUUGUUUGGUUUGUUUUUCAGAAAAAUUUUUGAGAAAAAUUCUCUACAAACAAAUUUUCAAGAGUAAUUAAACCAAACAAAUUUUUUCAAAAAAAAUCUCAAAAUUUUGUUUGGUUACCUACUUUCC